UCCUGAAAUCUGGGGGUCUUGGUGUGUGAUUAGGUCAACAGAGGCUGCCACUGACCGGUGCCUUCACUGCUUGGCCUCUACGUUCCCAACAGGGAAACGAAGUAGUAAGGCUGCUGAGGGGCUUGGGAAGGUGGAGGAGCUCCACGAGAUGGACCGGAAUCGGAUUGGGAUAGCCCUGGAGGUGCUGCACGAAGGACCCCAGAAUCUGAGCGACCUCUUCCAGGCUGCUUUUGGGAGAACGCAGCAAGUUGCCCCGGGAGCCCGGGAGGUCGGACAGGCCACGGGGCGUGCCUCUGAGAGUUGGGGCGUGGUUGAGGCGGGGCUCUGAGACGGAGGCGUGGUUAUGCGGUCGUGGGAGGAGCCGGGGCGGGAGGUGGCGCCGCGGAGGGAACCCGCGGCCCCGGGCGAGAGCUCGCCAGCCCCGCCGCGAUGCCCCCGCGCCCAGGACGCCUCCUCCCGCCGCUGGCCGGAAUGCCGGCCCUGGCUGCGCUCCUACUGCUGCUCGGCGCGCGCAGGGGUGCCCGGGCCCAGGAGGCGGCGGCGGCGGCGGCGGCGGCGGCGGCGGACGGCGGAGCCGAGCAGGACCCGCACGCCAAGCACCUGUACACGGCCGACAUGUUCACGCACGGGAUCCAGAGCGCCGCGCACUUCGUCAUGUUCUUCGCGCCCUGGUGUGGACACUGCCAGCGACUGCAGCCAACUUGGAACGACCUGGGAGACAAGUACAACAGCAUGGAGGAUGCCAAGGUCUACGUGGCUAAAGUGGACUGCACGGCCAACUCCGAUGUGUGCUCCGCCCAGGGCGUUCGGGGCUACCCCACCCUAAAGUUUUUCAAACCUGGCCAAGAAGCGGUGAAGUACCAGGGCCCUAGAGACUUCGAAACACUGGAAAACUGGAUGCUGCAGACACUGAACGAGGAGCCGCCUACGCCAGAGCCGGAAGCGGAGCCACCCAGAGCCCCUGAGCUCAAGCAGGGGUUGUAUGAGCUCUCAGCCAACAACUUUGAGCUGCAUGUUUCUCAAGGCGACCACUUUAUCAAGUUCUUCGCUCCAUGGUGUGGUCACUGCAAAGCUCUGGCUCCAACCUGGGAGCAGCUGGCCCUGGGCCUUGAACAUUCCGAAACUGUCAAGAUUGGCAAGGUUGACUGCACACAGCACUAUGGACUCUGCUCAGAAAACCAGGUUCGAGGCUAUCCGACUCUGCUCUGGUUUCGAGAUGGCAAGAAGGUGGAUCAGUACAAGGGAAAGAGGGACUUGGAGUCACUGAGAGACUAUGUGGAGUCGCAACUGCGGGAUCCAGAGGAGGCCCCCGAGACUGUCGAGCCCUCCGAGGCCCCCGUGCUGGCUGCUGAGCCCACGGGUGACAAGGGCACUGUGCUGGCACUCACUGAAAAGAACUUUGAGGACACCAUUGCACAAGGAAUAACCUUCAUCAAGUUCUAUGCUCCGUGGUGUGGCCACUGUAAAAACCUGGCUCCUACCUGGGAGGAGCUCUCUAGAAAAGAAUUCCCUGGCUUAGCAGAGGUCACCAUCGCAGAAGUAGACUGCACUGCUGAGCGGAAUGUCUGCAGCAAGUACUCGGUCCGAGGCUAUCCCACGUUGCUGCUUUUCCGCGGAGGUGAAAAAGUGGGUGAGCACAAUGGAGGUAGAGACCUUGACUCUUUACACAGCUUCGUCCUGCGCCAGGCAAAGGAUGAACUCUAGAAGCCCCCAUUGACGUCAUGACCCUGGCUUCAUGCACCCAGUGCAUAGGAGUGGCAUCCGAUGGGGAGCCGCCUGUCCACUGUACUGAGUCAUGUAGUGUCUCCACGUGUGCCUCUUCAGCCCCCGCACACUAUGGAUUGUGAUCGCCUCUCUCUGAUCAUAGCCCAUGGUCCCUGGGCAAAUAUUCUCAGUGGCGAUUCAUCCUGUAACCUUCUCUUGACAAAAUUAAAUUGGCUUCCCUUGCUACUAAAAUACUGUGAAGGAAAACCAAAUUGCUGGACUCUGUUGGCUCCUGAGGGAUGUGGGGAAAUGCCUCAUCCCAAAGCAGGUUUUUUUGAACUGUCUGAAUUCUGGAAAGGUGGCCUGUGGCAUGAUGGUGUCCCUCUGAUCUGAAUUGACUUCAUAAUGUGGUGGUCCAUAGUUUGGAGAUGUUAGAACAGAACAAGAAUCCACAGAGUUUUGAAGAUACCUUGGUAGCCACUGUUGGGUUCCUGGUUCUGUUAGUGCUUCUCUAGUUGAGAGAGGUGAGCCAUAAUGAAUGGUACUUCUGAUGGAUGUUCAAAGGAUCCUCUUGUCUGCUUUGCAUAAAGUGGGAGGUGUAGAUGUCUUCUGCGGAAAGUGAGGAUGCGGGAAGGCCACACAGUGGGUCCUCACCUUUCUAUUUGCCUCCUGGGGCAAAAGCGCCUGAUGGGCUUGCCCAGGCAGGCCCAGGGAGACUCUGCAGCCCCACUCGGGCUUCCUAGCAACAGCUCUGAUUCACUGCCUGAGUCCUUUCAGCAGUUUGUUCUAUGAUGUCCACCUUCAAGGAGGCUGACCUUCUAAUGUGUGAGCAGUGGGGUUCAUUUGACCUCAAGACCAAAGACCGCAGUUGGCAGGGCUGCCCAAGGUUGGAUGUUGCACUAGCUCCUUCUAAUUCUCGCCGUCCUGGAUAUUAGACAUUGCUGCUCUCGCCCUUGCAAAGAUGCAGCAAAGCUCGCGCCAUGCCUCUGUCUGUCUUCGCCAUUGUGUGCUUGUCCUCAGAAGCACUUUGUGCCCAGCCUUUCACUCACCUUCCAUGAGCAGGUGAACUCAACACCUGGCACAGAACAUAUGGUAAGGAGACUAGAAACAAGACAUCUACUCCUGAGCAUCAAAGGCACCCCGCCAGCCCAUUCUGACAUUUAUUAUUAAUCAUGUGUGGGUCACAGC